GAGGUUUCUGGUGAAGAAAAGCUGAGACGUCCUAUCCAAGGAGUUAAGGAGUGAUCAGACAAGAUAACAAGUCGCUUUGUUGGUCUAUCAUGCUACAAGUGGAACUGAUAUUUUUUCAUUAAUUAGAACAAACGGAAGUAGUGUAUUGUAAUUAAUGGCACCUGUAUAACAAAACCAAAUUUUGCUACUACAAACAACACCCAGCUAAGACAUAAGAAGGUUGAGAUGUUAAAGUUCUUGCUUUAGACGUUUGCUUUUUGGCGACGGAUCAGGGACGGAGCCUUUUUUAUCAAUGUAGUGAAUAUCAACCAAAUUCUUCACGAAAUCGUUAGUGCAUCUUGUCACAUUCACACCACCAUGCGAUUCCUACAGAGAUCUAGCCUAUUUCUGAUACCAAUAUUACGUAUUGUCAGCAUGCUUGCCGUUUUGGCUAUGUUCUUUGUAUCUUUAAACGCAGCAGACCAGGAACUAGAGCUUUCAAAACUUCAAGUUCAAGGAUGUGAUGUGACACAUCACCCGUCUUUACCUAUCGUAUGUAGCAUUUAUUGCAACAACAAAGGCUUGACAAGCAUUCCCACAGAUCUGUCUAAGUCUCUGUUUGAGCUUCUGCUUCCUAACAACGCUAUCACUGUCUUUCCGUGUACGGGUCUGGACAGUCUGUACAGGCUGAACCUACGGAACAACAACAUCAGUUACGUGCCUUGGCACUGCCUGAAGAAUAUGACAAGGCUAACUGAACUAGAUUUGUCCCAGAACCAAAUUUUCUGUGUCAACUUAUUUCCUGUUAUGCCUUUCUUGACCGAACUACGACUCUUGAACGUUUCCUUUAACCGGAUCUUUUCUUUGCCUUUGUGUGAUCUUGGCAUUGGCAAUGCAAACAGGCCAACUUCACUUUCCCGUGUGAUGAUGGCGGGUAACCAUUUCUGGUGCAGCUGUGAGGUGCUCUGGAUGCUGGAAGUGGCGAAAAAAGUGGAACUGUGCCGUGGCCGAACCACCGUGUUUUGCACAAACUAUUUUAAGGAAAACAUAGUUGCAAUCGAUAUGCUUAGCAAGCCUUCUUUGUUCCGCUGUAGUACACCUUCUUGGCUAGCCGGCCGAGAACUCCGUUCCCUGAAUACCAGAGCUUGUUAUACAUUUGAUAAGACAUUACGACGACUCGUACCGCUGCACCAGCCAAAGCCAUGUCGUUUAGACAACCCCUGUCAUAAAGUUUACGAAAAUCCAUUUAUUUUAAUUCAUCAUAACGUGACCACAUCUACAUCGUUGCCGCUAACCAGUCGUAGGUCAGACCUGUUCCUUACGAGUACGUUCCCCACACCGCCACAGGCCAAAACGCGAUCAUUAUCCCGAAAUCUGAACGGUUUUUCUGACGGCAUUAAUUCUACAUUGACCGCUAUCUUUACAGAAACAAGUGACACUACCUUUAGUCCCGUGACACCAGAUGUGGUGUGCAACAUUUACUCUAGGUCAGUGUUAGCAACCGGACAGACCCGACAGAUCCUGACCGAUACAAACUCGACAUUGACGCUUAACAUGGCGGAAAUGACACAGACCCUAAAGCCAUCCCCACAACCUGUUGCCGUGUUGUCCGGAUGGGUGGUUGUCAUUGCAGUUGUUGUAAUAAUUGCUGGGAUCUGUGGUGUAGUGUUUGCUGUGUAUGUGGCAAUGCGCCGGGGACAACCCUGUAAAAAUGUCCCUAUUGGUCACGUGAACAACAUGGCGGCUGGCCAAGUUGCAAACAGUGUUCCUAGUCAGCAAGUUGCCAGACAGAACCCAGACGUAGACGGGUGUUGCGCUGGCGAGUCUGAUUCCUACACAUAUGACAAGGCUUGUGCGAUGUCGAUUAUUUUCGAUACACCCCAAUAUCAUAUUGCGGAGCUGAGUGAUGAAGACAUUUGCAACGUAACAGAAAAUGUUUCAGAAACACAGGACAGUGAAAACAUCUAUGAAAAUAAAAAUGUGUCAUAGAGCGUUUUUAUUCUACAGAUGAAAAAAAUGAAUGAUCAACUCUUUGUAGUCCAUUCCGUUUUGUGAAACAUGGCAUCUUUUCCCACCACAUUUAGUAUCU